AAUUUCUAAGGCACUCGGAGACUCUUAAGAAGAUGUGGGAAGAUGGAAGGUUUGAGCCAAAACAAGAUUGCUACAAUCCAAUCAUCGAUAGCUUGUGUAAAGAAAGCCGAAUGGAUGAGGCCUUGACCUUAUUUCGAGAUAUGAUCAGCAAAAGUGUUGUACCGGAUAUUAUCAGUUAUAACUCUUUGAUUCAUGGGUUAUGCAACAUGAGUCGUUGGGAAGAAGUGCUCCCUCUUUUUGAAGGAAUGGAAGAUCAUGGAGUCAGGCCAGAUGUUGUCACCUACACCACUCUAGUUUAUGCAUUGUGCCAAUUGGGGAGGUUGGAAAAGGCCAAGAGCUUCUUGAUUUGCAUGUUUAACGGUAGAAUUUCACCAGAUGUAUACACAUAUAGCGUUCUAAUGAACGCGUUGUGCAAGGAUGACAGAAUUCAAGAAGCACUUUCUCUGUUUGGAACAAUGACUGAGAAACGUAUAAAGCCUGAUGUUGUCACUUUUACUUCCUUGAUCUCUGCUUCAUGCAAGUCGGGUAACUGGGAGGAAGGUGUGAGAUUAUUUAAAACCAUGAUUGAUUAUGGAGCCUUGCCUAAUAUUAUAACAUACAAUUCUGUACUGGAUGCUUUAUGCGCGGAAGGGAAGACAGCAGAGGCACUGAAUCUUGUCGAAGAAAUGUUCUGUAGAGGGGAAAAGCCUGAUGUUGUGACUUACAACUCUUUAAUUAAAGGACUGUGCCGUACCAGCCAAUGGAGAGAAGCCCCAAGGUUGUUUGACGAAAUGUUAUGCCAUGGAAUCUCACCCGAUUGCAUAACUUUGAUGAUACUUUCCGGUGCUCUCAGACAUGAGCUGCAUCGAUCUGUCUCGUUUGAUCUGAAAGAACAAUCACCAUGGUCAUUUAUACGUACUUCAUUGACUGCGUCUAUGUAUUUAUACGUCCUUACGGCAACUGAACCAAUUUGGAACUUCGCUGCCUGGUAGUAUGACACCUGAUAGCACUUCCCAGCUGUAAGAUUCAUAUCAUGGAGAUAGCGAAAGCCAAAUUUUCGCAUAGCCUUUGGCAACUAGACACGUCCAUCCAACGAAUGAGUCUCAUGUCUCCGUCUCCCAUAUCAUCUUUGACAAUGUUGAAACUAUUUCCUUUGAUAUUGCACCAUCACAUGCUCACA